AGCACCGACUCGUUUAAUGGACUGGACGCGGAAGAGUGCCGUGUUUCGUCACCGGGUCUCGGAGUGACUGCAGGCCGGUGAGAGGAGCGGCCUGUCCGGUCAACUUCUCUCCAGGAGUCCCGCAGGGAGCCAUGUCGGCACAGGCUGAUGAAGACUGGCAGGACUUUAACGAGUUCACCGCGGCGUUGGGAGACACGCCGGAGCCGGUGCAAUGCGUGGCGGGGGAGCCGGGGCCUGAGCGGGAGUUCUCGGAUUUCUGCUCCGACCUGGAGAGCGCUGUGUCCGGGGACAGGAGCCGCUGGAGUCCCGAGCUGGACCUGCUGCAGGACUUCGAGCAGAAGCUGAGCAUGUGCUUCAGAAAUAACUGCACACACACCGAGAACAUCUCCGACAUCAAACCCAUCACCGAGGAGCACUUACUCCGAGAGGACGAGAUAUGGAAUGCUCUGACAGAUAACUAUGGGAAUGUGAUGCCUGUGAACUGGAAGACGUCUCACACUCGUUCUCUCCAUCUUCCGUCUCUUAACCUCGUCCAGCAGGCGAAGGAGGACUGUGUGAAUCUGGACCUGUCUGAUGAUGAGGAGCUCCGGGAGCAGAUGGACCUUCACUCCAUUAUUGUCUCCUGUGUUACUGAGGAACCACUGUUUACUGCAGAACAGGUGAUCUCAGAGAUUGAGGAGAUGAUGCAGGAGUCUCCAGACGCAGACGUUGAUCAGUGUGUUUCUCCACCAGAUCUGUCCAUCCUGACCCAGGAGCUACACACACUCACACACUCCUCAUCCACCAGCAGCUACGAAGAACGUCUGCGUGGAAUGAGUGUAUCUGAGCUGGAGACACUGCUGGAUGAGGUGGAGAAGAAGAUCCGGGUGUUCUCAGAGGAGCUCAUUGACCAGCUGGCUCUGCGUGAUGAGCUGGACUUUGAGAAGGAAGUGAAGAACUCGUUCAUCUCACUGCUCAUCGACGUCCAGAACAGACAGAAGGAGGUGAUGAAGAAGAGGAGGAAGGGCAGGAGCACGGCCGGGACACCCAGGGGAGAGCGCACAUACGCCCCCGGGACUUAUUUAACUACAGUUAUACCGUACGAAAAGAGAAGUGGUGCUCCAUCAGUUGAAGACUUGCAAAUCCUCACCAAGAUUUUACAUGCCAUGAGGGAUGACAGUGAUAAAGUUCCCAGCUUGCUGACUGAUUACAUCCUGAAAGUCUUGUGUCCUACAUAACCUGGAUGAACAGAUUGUUCCAGAAAGAUCCAGAUGAAUCAUGGGAUUGUGUUCUUCCUCCGGAAGCCAGAUUUUUUUAAAAUUCCUGACCCUUUAUUUCUACAUCUCUCUCUUUAUCGUGUAGUAAAGUUAUUUUUCUAUCUCGGGGCAUGAGCGUCUCACAGCAGUGUACAGUGUGGAGUUUCCUUAGAGAAGGUCUGAAAUCUCCACUGGCUUCGCCUCGAAACAAUACACACCUUUCUCUCCUGCAUCUAAUUAGCACUUAGUAUGCCAGUUAGCAUGCUAAACACUAAAGACGGGUUUCACGUUCCAGGUAGCGGAGCUGUUCCUCUCCACCUGAGCUGAAACGUGUGAACACUACAUCCACGUCAGCAUUAGGCUUAUUUUCAUAUUCAGGAUUGGUUUUUUUCUGGUUUCUCGACAUUGCCUGAAGAAUUUUCUAUUUUCUGAUGCAGUCGUGUUACACAAUUGAACACAAAAAAUGUGAAGAACGAUGAAAUGUUUUGUCCGAUCUUGCGGUCAGCAGCCGGUCACACCAGUAACGUUUAGAAUCUAAACGCAGAAGAAUACGAAUAAACUUCUUAACCAGUAGAAUUCACACAAUCGUCCACAUGGUAUCACGUGACUGUCAUGAAUGUAAAUAACCUGAAUAUCGUUUAAAGUGAAUGAUCUCAUGCUCGUGUUCUUAUAGGAAUCUUGCCUCACUAGUGCAGAUGAUUAGCUAGCUAAUAUUUUACCACGAUGCUGAGCGCGGUUUGCGCUAAUCUGCAGUGCGACCGGCUGCAGACGUUACAGGAAACUAUUUUUUUAUUCGUUAUUGACUGAGAUUUGAUAGAUUUGUAGUUUUGAUAAAGAAAAAUGAAAUAAAAAAAAUCAUGUGGACAUGUAGAAAUGAAAACACGCACACGUGUGUGGCUAAAGCUAGCGUUAGCGUCAUUGCAGAGAGUUUAGCUAAAGCCUGAAUAAAUACAGGGCAACAGAAAACACAGCAUUCAUCCAUAUGACACUGUUACACAUUCUUAAUCCAUCCUCAUUCUCGCUCUUUAUUCUCAGUGCUCAUCCUCAAUCCUCAUCCUUAAUCUUCAUCCUCAUUCUCACUCUUCAUCCUCAAUCCUCACUCUUCAUCCUCAUUCUUACUCUUUAUCCUCAGUUCUCAUUGUUCAUUCUCAAUCCUCAUUCUCACUCAUCCUCAUUCUUACUCUUGAUCCUCAAUCCUCAUCAUCACUCUUCAUCCUCAUUCUCACUCUCCUCACUCUUCGUCCUCACUCAUCCUCAAUCCUCAUCACAUCACCAGGGUUCUUCAGCUGGUCUUAAAGAUUCUACAGAAAACCUUCUUCAGUUUCUUCUUGAAGGUUCUUCCUCACCAUAAACAGAACCCUUUACUGGAAACUAAGAACUGCAAGUUACCCAGUAAACCCUUAAAGAACCUCUGAAGAACCAUUUUGUACAUGUUCCUAAAGUUUAGGCUUCUUCAGGCCUCAUCUCUCGUCAGAUAGUUCAGAGUUCUCCGGAUUUCACUCGAGCAGGUUCUAGAGUCUGAGAUGGGAAAUAAGCAGCAAUAAUUUUCUACUAAAACCCAGACGCACGCAGAGAGCAGGUUCUUUAAGGGUUCUUUGGACUUUAAGGAACCUUUGAGGGUUCUAGAGUGACGUCCAACACAUUCGUAAUGAUCUGAUGAAGAUACCAGAGGUUCUUUACUGGAUCAUUAAUGGUUCUUAGCUUCUGGUUCUUUUUUAUUUCAUGAGGAACCCUUGAGUUGUUAUUAUUAUUAUUAUUAUUAUUAUUAUUAUUAUUAUCAUUAUUAAAUAACCGUGAUUUCGGUGCAGAAGAUCAGGCUAGUACUCUUUUGCUAGCUGCAGAACCUCCAGUUUAAAACCUACUUCACAGAACCAAAGAUGGGCUUAAAUUUCAUGGUUGUAGUUUGUGUUAGUUAGCAUUAGCAUUUAGCAUCAGCUGUGCAGCCUGUGACUGGAGAGAUUUGUUUUAGCAUGUCGUGUUUUUUGUUUUUUUGGUCUGUGACUCGGUGAAGACCGUGGCUAUUCUGCUAAUAUCUAAUUAUUUUUUUUUUAUAAAUCUGCAUGUUGUUUUCUUCUCAGAGUGUGAAGGAGGCGGAGCGUCAUGGAGCGCUUUUAUUGGCUGAAAUCACAAGUGUGACAAAUUUCUUUUGUAAAAUAAAAAAAAUGAGUUUCCUAAAGCUAGCUAGCUUUUUUUUAUUUCAAUUAAAAAACAAAAGGAGCUAAAAAAAAAA